AUGGCUAGUGCAAAUGUCCUGCUAGGACUCGCUCCAAGUAUCCCGGCAGUACUUGGAUCCAACGUUGAUGAAACCUCCCUGCUCGCAGUUGUAGGAAAACGUCCAAUCCUUGCAAUCACUCUGGCAGCUGGCUCCCCCGCUGUCGUUCCAAUGCGACCGCUGGAGUACCGCGACCCACUUGAAAUUCUCAAGGUUCGUAGUGAUGAGCUGCCACCCAAGAUUUACUCAUAUCACCUCGAGGCAUUGAUCUCUAUCAUUGAAUAUGUUCUCGUGCUGGCAGCUGUCGCAAAUAUUGCAGAGCUCAGCCUUGAGCUUGGAUUCAAUACAACACUAUCAUUCGCGCCAGGCUACCCUUAUUUCAUAAAUGCUUGGUCCUUCUUCGGUCCCGUUGCCCAUUCAUGGGCCGCACUUGGUUUGCAUCUGCGAAAGCGUGGAGAGGAUGAUAUCGGCAGUGGCAAGCCCUGGUGGGCUUUCUCUCUCAAAUCUGCGGGAUAG